UCACCAGCAACAUCAGGGGAGAGAAAAAAAAGAGGAUGGCGGAUGAUGGGAGGGAAGAGUCGGUGGCUACGGACGAAGACUCGGACCAAACAGCGGGCGACGGGAGCCUAAACAACACGAUGAUGGAGGAGGGCUCGACUCUCCUGCGCAGGAUGGAGAUCUGUGUCGCUGAGGCGGAGAAGAGGAGUGGCAAAAAUGCAGUGAGCAUGCAGGAGACGUUCACCGUGUACCUGGUGGAAACCAGACCAAUGGAUGCUGUGACUGAAGGCCGUAACCCAGCCCCUGACUCUCUGUGGAGGCGGUACAGUGAGUUUGAGCUGCUGCGGAACUACCUAAUAGUCACUUACCCGUACAUCGUGGUGCCACCUCUGCCCGAGAAGAGGGCAGAGUUCGUGUGGCACAAGCUGUCUGCAGACAACAUGGACCCAGACUUUGUGGAGCGCCGCAGGGUCGGUCUGGAGAACUUUCUGCUCCGUGUGGCUUCUCAUCCUGUCCUGUCCAAUGACAGGAUCCUCUACCACUUCCUCACUGAGGAGCACGGCUGGAAGGAAGUGGUGUAUGAGACGGGAUUUCAGGUGAAGUCAGAUUCCAGGCUGCGAGCUCUCAGUGCCACCUUCAGGGUGAGAAAUCCAGAUAAGCGCUUCACAGAUAUGAAACGCUACAGUGAUGAGCUGCAGUCUCACACUUCCCAGCUGCUCCGAGCACGAGCAAGGGUUGCUGAUCGAUUGUAUGGUGUUUACAAGGUCCAUGGGAACUAUGGAAGAGUCUUCAGUGAGUGGAGCGCCAUUGAGAAAGAAAUGGGCGAUGGACUGCAGAGUGCCGGUCACCAUAUGGAUGCAUAUGCUGCCUCCAUUGAUGAUAUCUUAGAAGAAGAGGAACAUUAUGCUGAUCAGCUGAAAGAAUACCUUUUUUAUGCUGAAGCUCUGAGGGCAGUGUGCAGGAAACAUGAGCUGACCCAGUUUGAGCUGGAGAUGGCUUCACAGGACCUCAUCUCUAAGAAGCAGCAACGUGAGGAGCUGGCUACAGGGAUUGUGCGGACGUUCUCCUUCAAAGGAAUGACCAACAAGCUUUUUGGGCAAGAGGCACCUGAGCAGAGGGAGGCGAGGCUAAAGCUGCUGGAGGAGCUGAUAACAGAGGGUGAAGAGACAGUCAAGGAGAAAACAGUCGAGUGCGAAGAACAUGUUGAAAGGGGGUGGGUGGACAUGCAGCGCUUUCAGGAACAGAAAGACAAAGAUCUGCGUGAAGCUCUCAUUAACUACGCCGUGAUGCAAAUCAGCAUGUGCAAGAAGGGAAUACAAGUGUGGAGCAACGCCAAAGAAUGUUUCCUCAAGAUGUGACACUGAAGCCAUAUUCAUAGGAUUUCCACCCUUAGUAAUGUUCUGUUGUGGAUUCUGCACAGUGAUGCCAGUGUUUUCUGGCUGGGGUUAGAAAGCGUUAACAUUAGCAUAAAGUAUAAAAAAAGUGUAAUAGUAGUAAUUCAUACUCACUGCUAACCCUUUGGGGGUGUGAACAGGAUUACCAAGACCAUUUUCUCUAACUUUAAGUCUGAUUAUCUCAGACAUAAUUCUUUUAAAAGUGGUCUCUCAGCUUUAUGCAAGAGCAAGUCUAAGUAUCUGCACUUUCCAACAAUUGAGAUAACUCAGGUUUGAUUGAGGCUGGUGUGAAACCAGUCCAGUGAACUCUGGUCCUAAAAGAUUAGAGUCAACGAACUCUAAAGGAAUUAAUCUCCUAUUAGGUGUGCUACAUUAAAAUACAAGACCAAUAGUAAUACACAUAUGCUUCAGCAGAUAGUCUCUAAUAUAUGAGGAACUGGAAAGCAGUUCAAAAAUGGCAUAAAUCAAGCUAAAAUAGACAUCGCAAAAAGUCUCAAUCAUAAACAAAGCAGAUUAAACAAAGUAGCGUAACAUCUGAGAGUGGUGUAGCUAAGUCUACACUAGUCCCUCCUUUGAGAAGUGAUUAUACUUUAGCAAAGAUUGAAUCAUAGACACGUAAUUAUACAUGUCAUCUGAGAGCCAUGGAAUUGGAUUUGUUUACAUUAACGUUUAAGUUUUGCAUGCAGAGGUUGUAUCAGUUAAAAUACCAUUUGAGUCUGGCUACACCCUGUAACCGGGACCAGUGCAUCAGGUAGCUCAUCAGUCUGCAUCAGGAUUGUUUACUUGAGUAAAAGUAGUUCAUGAUGUUUCUUCUUAUUUAUUUAUUUGUUCUUAUUUGAUCACACUGGCGUGCAAGUGUCAGUGAUAGUUACCAUGGAAAGAGUAAAGCUUCUCAAGUCAGAAGAGCUUCGACUUUGAGAGUCGUGGCUAACUUUUAAGCUUUUAACAGCUUAUUUUUAUGAAAUCAUUUCAUAACCACCCAAAUUUGUCAGUUUUGUCAGUUUAGUUGUGUUUAAAAAAUAUGACCUCUUGUUUUAUUAAUCAUGUUUCUCACUGAAGCUUUAGUCCAUCAUUAAAGAUUUCAGAACAAC